ACAGUUGAUUAUGAAUUGAAGAGAAAUAAUGGAUGAAACAGAACAAAUAUCAGAAACAUUACAUAUGAUUCAUGGAAAUUCUAAUACAUUAAAUGAAAUAAUUUUUCAUGCAGUAUAUAUACCUGAAGAAAAUGUUAAUUUUUCAAUGGAAAACAAUAUUAAAGACCAUAUUCGAGUGUAUCAAGAUAAAGCAGAAGCAUUAAAAGUAAUUAAGGAAUUUAAGACUGGUCGUUUAAAAUCAUUUAAAAUACAAUCAGAAGCUGAAGAAUAUGCAAAAACUGGUUUUGAAAAAGCAAAUAAUAUAAAUAAUACUUCAACAAAUGCAACAAUAUCUAUAAUAGAAGAAAAAUCAAAUAAUUUUAAAGCUCCAAGAUCUCAAGAUCUUGUAUGUUUUAGAAAGUUAAUUAAAGAUGGAGAUCUAUAUGCUGUAAAGAAUACAGUAUGGGGAAAUCCACGAUAUUUAAUUGGUAGUGGAGAUACACCUGCAAUUCUGCAAGAAGGAUGUCGCUAUAAUGCAUUACAUAUUGCAGUUAGAGCAGAUAGACCUGAUAUGUGUGAGUUAAUAUUAAACACUGUUGGAAAUACAGAUUUUAUAAAGUUACUUUAUGGUGAUGAAUGCAAGAGUUAUGUAGAUCGUGCACAGAUUAUAUUAGAUUUAUAUUUAAAUACACCUGAUAAAGGAUUGAAUGAAACUCCAUUACAUUUUGCAGUUAAAUUUGGUUUAAAAAAUGUAGUUCGAGUUCUUGUUUCAUAUCCAUGUUGUAUAAAAACAUUACCAAAUAAAUAUAAACAACUACCAAUAGAUAUAAUUUGUAGUAGAACGUGUCAAGAAGAUGAAGAAUUGAAAAAAGAAAUACGUUUGCUACUGGAAGAUCAAUAUUAUGUACCUGUAUUAAGAUCAGAUGAUAAUUCAUUACAACCAAUGAUUGGGGAACCUUUUUCUCCUACUAGUCCUUUGAGUUUAAAUACGGAUCCAAUUAGUCCACGUUUAGAAGUACGUGCAUUUGCUGGACCAAUGACAAAAUCUAGAGCAUUAGAAUUCAGAAAAAAAUGGAAAACACCUCCACGUCUUUGUAUGACUCCAAUUAAAAAAACUGAUGAUGAAUCUAAUGCUAUAGAUAGUCCUACUAAUAAUUUAGCUUUGAGAUUACAAGAUGCAGAAAAAGGUCUUGAACGAGUUGGAAGAGAUUUAGCAGAAGAAUAUCAAGUAUCAUGGAAAGAAUAUUGGCCAUUUUUGAAUGAUUUUGCAGAUUUUCGUACUAAAGAAGGUUUAAUAAAACUUGAAAAAUAUUUAGAACAUAAAUUUCAAGAUCAAUUAUUUCGUUAUAAUCAGACAUCAAAUAAUGUAAUUAAUUCAAACAAAAAUUUAAAAACAAAAUUACAAAUUGAUGAAAUAGAUUAUUUAUGUAAUAAGUUACAAUCAUGGUCAUUACUUACAUCAAAUAAUCAAGAUCAAAAUAAUGUAGAUGAAUUAGAAUUUUUUACACCACCAUCAUCACCACAAUUAACAAUAGAUAGUUCUGAUGAUGAAAUGCAAAAUGCAGAAGAAGGUUUUGGAACAUUUCUUGAAGGGCCAAUACCAACAAAAUUGGAUUAUGCUGUUUAUAAUGCAGUAUCAACAUUACUUAACUCCAUUACAUAUCCAAAUAUUUAUCGCUGGCAACAUGACAUGCAACUUGCUAUGAAACGUGAUUUACAUAGAACAAAUAAUGCAAGAACAAUUAGAAGGAAAUUGAUCAUGAAUUUCUAGAUGAUAUAAAAUUUCAAGAUGUGACAAUGUAUAAAACUAAAACUAUAAGAAUUUUAUAUAUUACGCACAAUAAGUUACUUGUUAAAUAGUAUUAAUAUACUUCAAAACUUAUUAACUGUACUAAAAACAAUAUAUUUUCAUAAAAUUUUAUAUAUAAUUAAAAUAAUUUAUGGAAAUUUU